UAUCGUUUUUGAAUUCUGAAUCCUCCGGGCUAUCAUGAAGUGCACCCUAUCGCACCGCAUUCUUACGUAUCUGAUCAUUUUCAUUCUGGUCUCGGAGCUUGUUCCAGGUGUCCAAGGAGGCAAAAAUGGGAGUGAUGGUGAAGGAAAGAAGAAAAAGCACUGGUGGUCUGGUAUAUUCAAACGUAAGAAAGACCCGACUGAUACUAGAGAAAAGGUAAUCGGUCCGGGUGGAAGCCUGAAGAUCCGUUCUGGUGAUACCGUGAUCACUUCACUCUUACCCAAUAGAUUUGCUCUCAAACCACCGUACCGAUGGUUUUACGCCCUUAACAACGAAGGCACGGUCAUACACUUUUUGCCACCGCUGCACAAAUGGUUCCAUAACGUGAGGCCAGUUCUGAUCGACGUGCGAAAAAAGUACAAGAGAGCGAAAUUGAUGAACCGGGGGCAGAAACAUGGCCACGUCGGUAAAGUGGGAGCCCUUGUGGCGGCGCUAAUGUUCGAGUCCUCGAAGAAAGAGAAUCAGAAACAGAAAUUCCAUUUCAACCUCUUCUGGUGCAACUGCAAACACUACGUGGAAUACCUGUCUCUGGGUAGGGUCGAAGGCAGUUACAAGCACGUCCUGUUUCAGCCAAUGGACAAGAAAUGCCCCCUGUACGCCCCUCUUACUAGCGACAUGUACACUACAAUUUUCGAAAACAAAGAGUUCGAACUACAUGACAACCAAGAGCGCACUAAACAAGUCAGAAUUAAAUUAAAAAUUCAUGGUCAUUGGCCAGCCUAUGUUUGGGACAGUAAAGCAGGCAAAUAAUGAAGGGCUACAUAACAGACGAACACAUUUACCUAAAUGACGUACAGGCCGGAGUGUCAUGGGCGAGUGACACACUUUUGCGGUGGGUCAGUUUCGCUAGUCACAGAAUGGGCCUGUUGCAUGCAAGAGAUACAGCCGUGCAAAUAGACUUUUUAGAGGUUAAAUGACACGAAAAUUACGAUGGUCACAUUAAAAAAGUCUGA